GUCGCCUAGCAACGCGCGGCCAGUGGGCGCCGCGGAGAGCGGAGCGAGAUCUCUGUAGUGGGCGCCCCAUUAAAACCGUUGGCGCUGCUGACCUUGGCGUCGCGAAUGCGCAAAGCCGGCAGCGCGGCGAUGUGCGAUGCGAGGGGAGAUCUGAUGCGCUUGUGAUAGCGGAGCGCACCAAGGAGGAACACGUUCAUCAUUGCGGCCCGCCGUGUCGUCGCCGAGCCGAGGGGGAUCGCAAUGGAGGACAAGCACAGAUGGAGCGCGUAACGGCAUCUCUUAAAGCAGAUCGGCGCAACUUGCGAUGAAAACGAGAAGGGGCGAUGGUCCGUACGUGGCCGCGGUGUUUUUGGUGAUGUCUGUGUGACAAGUUCGGUGCGAAGGGCCUGAGCGGACCGACAGACUGCGUUUGUGUUGUGCAAGGAUACGGACCAUGUGGCUGGCUACAUUUAAAGACCAUCUGCUGCCUGCGCACCUGCUACACCAGCAAGGGACCGUAACCAUCACCCACUGUGCUUUGCUCUGGUGGAUAUUAUGCUCCUGCUGGUCAUUUACCAAGGCCACGAGCCAAAGGUUCUACCCCACAGUGACCACCCAGUUCGGGAAGCUGCGAGGCCUCAGGGUCCCCGUGCCCAGCGAGGUGCUGAGGCCCGUCGACCAGUAUCUGGGAGUCCCCUACGGCGCCCCGCCGGUGGGAGACAAGCGGUUCAUGCCCCCGGAUCAGCCAUCCGCUUGGUCGGGUAUCAAGAACGCCACCCACUUCAUGCCCGUGUGCCCUCAGAACAUCCACAGCACUGUGCCAGAGAUAAUGAUGCCCAUAUGGUUCACCUACAACCUGGACACGGUCGCCUCGUACAUACAAGAUCAGAGCGAGGACUGCUUGUAUCUCAACAUCUACGCUCCCGCAGAGGAAGGAAGCCAACACAAGAAAAAGGGGGCGUCUUUUUCUCACGCCGAGACUCAUAUAUCGGAAGAUAUAAGGGACUCGGAAGCUCGACCUGUGAUGGUGUACAUCCACGGAGGCUCGUAUAUGGAAGGCACUGGCAACAUGAUGGACGGCAGCGUGCUGGCCAGCUACGGCAACGUCGUCGUCGUCACGCUCAACUACAGAAUUGGAAUAUUAGGCUUCCUCAGUACUGGAGACCAGGCUGCCAAAGGCAAUUACGGACUCCUUGAUCAGAUUCAAGCACUCCGUUGGAUCAGUAAGAACGUCGGCUACUUCGGAGGCGACCCGGGUCGGAUCACAGUUUUUGGUUCUGGAAUCGGGGCUUCUUGCGUGAGCCUACUAACGUUGUCACACCACUCAGAAGGUUUGUUCCAUAGAGCCAUCAUUCAAAGCGGUUCUGCGCUCUCCAGUUGGGCUGUCAACUAUCAACCGGUCAAGUACACUCGCAUGCUGGCUGAGAGGGUGGGCUGCAACGUGCUGGACACCCUGGACAUGGUCUCCUGUCUACAGAAGAAGACCGCCAAGGAGCUGGUGGAGCAGGACAUCCAGCCCGCCCAGUACCGCGUGGCUUUUGGCCCGGUAAUCGACGGGGACGUCAUCCCCGACGACCCCGAGAUACUGAUGGAGCAGGGCGAAUUCCUCAACUAUGACAUCAUGCUCGGCGUCAAUCAGGGCGAGGGCCUGCGCUUCGUGGAGAACGUGAUGGACCUGGAGGACGGCGUGUCCGGAAGCGACUUUGACUUUGUCGUAUCCGACUUUGUGGACAGUUUGUACGGUUACCCCGAGGGGAAGGACACGUUGAGGGAGACGAUUAAGUUCAUGUACACAGACUGGGCUGAUAAGGACAAUCCGGAAACCAGGAGGAAGACUCUGGUGGCCCUGUUCACAGACCACCAAUGGGUAGAACCCUCAGUGGUGACGGCCGACCUGCACGCCCGCUACGGCUCGCCCACCUACUUCUACGCCUUCUACCACCACUGCCAGAGCCUCAUGAAGCCCGUGUGGUCCGACUCGGCGCACGGAGACGAGGUGCCUUACGUGUUUGGCAUCCCCAUGAUCGGCCCCACGGACUUGUUUCCCUGCAACUUCUCCAGGAACGACAUCAUGCUCAGCGCCGUGGUUAUGACUUAUUGGACCAACUUUGCCAAGAGUGGGGAUCCCAACAAACCCGUACCGCAGGACACCAAGUUCAUCCACACCAAGGCCAACCGCUUUGAGGAGGUGGCCUGGUCCAAGUACGACCCCUACGACCAGCUGUACCUGCACAUUGGCCUCAAGCCUCGCAUCCGCGAUCACUACCGCGCCACCAAGGUGGCCUUCUGGAAGCACCUGGUUCCCCAUCUCUACAACCUCCACGACAUGUUCCAUUACUCCUCCACCACCACCAAGGUCACACCGCUGGAUCCCACCCAGUCCGCGGGCAAGAGAUCCGGCGGCACCGGCCGGCCUCCCGUGUCCACGGGCCUCAACGGGGACGAAGGUGGGCGAGAGAUGGGCCCUCUGAUUAUGCCCAACCCCAGAGAUUACUCCACCGAGCUCAGCGUCACCAUCGCCGUCGGCGCUUCGCUGCUCUUCCUCAACGUGCUGGCCUUCGCCGCGCUCUACUACCGCAAAGACAAGCGCAGCCGGCAGGAAACGUCGCAGCAGCCCAGCCCUCAAUGCGACAGCAAAGGCAACAACGUGAGCCACGCCGCCACCGUGGACGAGACCCUGUCCAGGAACCAGUGCGAGGCCCUCCGCAAUCCCAUCCACGUGUCUCCCACCCUGGACUACGCGCUCAGUCAGCGCCGCUCUCCCGACGACAUCCCGCUGAUGACGCCCAACAACAUCACCAUGAUCCCCAACUCGCUGAUGGGGCUCUCCAACAUGAGCCCGUACAGCACCUUCCCCGCCGGCUACAGCGCCGCAGGCCUGCCCAGCACCCACUCCACCACGCGGGUAUAACUUGGCCGCAAAAUACACAAAAACACGUACCUGUAAAGCUGUAUUUAGGAUGUUAAGAUGAAAUAGUUUGUUUGUUUUUCUUCUUUUCCAAGCGACCUCCAGCAUCCUGCCUUUGCUCUGUCAUAGUCUUUCAGUGCGGGUCAUUUUCAUACUCAUGUUCCGCAACGGCAGGCAAAAAGAACGAGAGAGAGAGAGAGAGAGAGAGAGAGAGAGAGAGAGAGAGAGAGAAAAAAAAAAAGAAAAUCUCAUUUUACAUCAUGGCUUUUGGGGAACUUUUCCUUGAAAGAACUAAUAAUCAUGUUUAUACAGUUGGAUUUGUAUGGGAAGCUCUUUCUUAAUAUCUAUUUUGAUCUCGUGGAGCUAUGGGACGUCGCAACUCAUCACAAAUGGAGAUGAGAUGUUGAAAAAGCUGAAAUCAGCAGUAUUGCUAUUAUCGAUGAUAUUUUAUACAUAUUUCUCAUUGCUUCUUCUGAAGAUGUAUUUUUACCGCAGUUCUUUUAAAACGGCUUCACGUAAUUCAAUAGAAACUGUACUGGAAUACAGAUCCACAAGAGUAUCUCCAGAAUAUCUGACAAUUUGUACCGUGCAAAGGGUGGUCAUUAAGCUUCUCAGAUAAAAAAUCAAACAAUAAAAAAUGGAAAAAAACACCCACAAAACAAACAUGUAAAUUAGGCAUUCUUAUCAAAAGAAAUGUUUUGCAUAUGUAGUGUUGUGUAACUUAUUGUAGUAUAUUUCAGUAUCCUUGCUAGUUUUUUCCUUUCAACUUUUCAAGUAUGUUAUUUGACUUAAUAUAUUGUACGACUAUAACCUCUGCUUCACUAGAAAGACUUUAGGCUUGAAAUGUGUUUUGGUACUCUAACAAACUCUUACUUCUUUUGGCUUUGCUUGUUUGUACAGAAUAACAUUUUAUUGCUAUUUCUUCAUUGAUAUUCUAAACUCUUCGAGAACAUACCUGUAAUUACAUUGUAAUUGUAUGUAUAACAAAACGAUUAUUGGCAUUGAAAAUGUAGUUUCAUCAAAGCUACCGGGUCAGUGAUACUUUUCAAAGAUAAACCAACAACCAUGCUAGAUUUUCUCUGUUUUCAAAAGGACAUGAUGGACUUUAAGAUUUUAGUUCUUUGCACCAGUCAAAAUGUGGUUUAACCUAUUAAACAAUUUUUCCAACUAAAGAUGGGUCUUGUCGAGAAAAUGGAUUUCAUCAUCCCACCGAGUCCAAGUCUCUUGUGUGAAUAAUGUUUGGAUAAUCUGUGGAAUGGUGUUACAUAAAUUCUCCGCUAUGAUCUAACUUGGUACUAGCAGUCUAUUAGAAAUAAAAUAAGAGAUAAAUGAUUUUGAUAAUAAAGCAAUA